AGUAGUCGGGUAGGUCGGGGCGCGUGAGCCUCGCUUCAGUCAGGUGGCAGGCGCCAAACGCGACGCACCUUGUGUAGGGACGUUUUGAGUUCCCACGUAGCCUCCCGAUAUCGCGCCGUUGUAUUUAUCGCUGUGGAAGCUUUAUCGCAAUCAUAAUAAAUUGACAAUGUAUUUUAAAACGUAGUUUAUAUUCAAACUAUUAGUGCACAAAGACUUAUAUUAAAUCUACGCUGUGCAUCGUAGCAGUGAGUGCAAUAGAAAUCGUAGCAGCGUAGAAUUAGUUCUCAAGGAUGUCUCGGCACGUGCUCCUGUCCCGGCUGGCGGAGCAGUUUUGGCAGUCAUCGUCACCUCCGCCAGCCCACAGAUACCCGUCGCCAGAGCGCAGCGUAUCUCCGAGAUCACCGUCGUCCACACGCUCACCGCCACGCUCUCCUGAUUUGCUCUCCCACAAUCGCAUAGAGCCGCUACAAUUGGGAGACAUUGAAUUAGCAGGAAGAGCUCUCAAGCAAUAUGCCAGAGCUACUGAGCUCGGAGCGUUGAUGUACUGCAGCGGGCUGGGCGCGCUGUACGGCGGCGCUGGAAUGUGGCCGCUGCUGAUGCCGCGAGCUUCCCCGCAGUUCGCGUGCUCUUCUGUGGAUCCCGUCAGGCACACACCUCCCAGAGACGACGAUGAAGAGGAACUCCCACUCAAUUUAUCAACCAAAAACCGCCAAAUUUGGUCACCUGGGAGUGCAUGCGAGCGAGAACAAGAUGAUUUGGGAUCGCCUCUUCUGAAAUGGGAUCUACGUGGAGAUACUGAUACACCAUUGGAACUCGUGAAGAGAUGUCGCAGCAGCCCGGACACGUCGGAGCGUCCCCCUAGCGAGGAGCCGGUGCGCUGUCCCUCUGCCCCUCCCCAACAGACGUACCAACUGUCCGCCCCGCAGCCAACGGACACUAACUUCUCUUUGUUGCUGAAAAACGAGAACAAGAACGAAAAAUCAUUCCAGUGCAAACAAUGCGGCAAAUGCUUCAAGCGGUCGAGUACGCUGUCGACCCACCUGCUGAUCCACUCGGACACGAGGCCGUACCCCUGCCAAUACUGCGGCAAACGAUUCCACCAGAAAUCCGACAUGAAAAAACACACCUACAUACAUACAGGAGAAAAACCCCAUAAAUGUGUAGUGUGCUCGAAGGCCUUUAGCCAGAGUUCGAAUCUUAUCACACAUAUGCGCAAACACACUGGGUACAAGCCCUUCUCAUGUGGGCUGUGUGACAAAGCAUUCCAGCGCAAAGUGGACCUGCGCCGGCAUCGCGACUCGCAGCACUCGGAAGUUAGUGACGGGCCCUCCGUCACCCUGCAAGUGCCGCACCGGUACAGAUAUUAUGGAGACGAACCUCCAGCACCGCUCGCACCACUCAUCACCAAUUGAUUUGUGGCCAAUUCUAUUCUAUUGUGUGUAGUUAUUCCUCGAUCGAUAUUUGACACAAUAACUGUUACUUACAUAAAUAGUUAUGGUUUUCUUUGUUCUAUGUUUCGCUUUAGAACCUCGUUUCGUAUUUGGGUACCCAAAGUGAUUAGAGAACUUAUGUUUACCAUAGUAAGCAAAAUAUGGAACGCGCAAAUUAUAUAAAAACUUCCUUUAAAUCAAAUAAGCAUAAAAAAUAUGUGUUUAAAUUCGUGUAAUGUUUAAAAGUAAAUAAAUUAAGAUUUAUAAAGAUGUAAAUUUAAUGUUUUGUAAAUGUAAGUUACCCUAUUCUAGUGGCUAAAAAUAGUCCGGAAAAUUUUACACAUUAAUUAUGCGUUGAAAUAAAUAAUUAUUAUGUUGCAUCACAGUAAUCUCAGUAAGCCAUGAAUAUACAAAACUAACAAUCCGUCCUUUGAAAGUGAUAUUUGUAAUCUUACUUAAAGGUAAAAUUAAUUGUUUAUAUGUAUAACCUGCGUGUCUGUGUGACAGCAUUCUGGUUAUCAAAAUAGACCGACAUUUACGUAAUUAGAUAUAUUUUGUGUUGUCUAAUACGAACCAAAGUACCUAUUUUAUUUUUAUAUAGUCGAGUGUGAAACGCUUUAUUUAUUUUGUCUAGUAUAGGUUAGUCACUUUUCUUAAAACAUUUAAUAUAUUUUAAUUACCAAUAAAACCCUGAAGAACACAUUAGUAUUGAUUAUAAUAAGUGUACCCGUGCAUUUAAUCGUUAGCCGUGCUUUGAAUUAUGUUAUCGAAUAAAUCAACCUACAUUUUUACGAUGCAAGGGGAUCACAACAUAUGGUCCGGUGCCUGGCGACUGAGCGUUGUCGUAGGCGACUAUUAAGUGACGAAUAGUAAUAUAGCUAAUUUUUAUUACUAUUAUAGACAACAUUUCAUACCGCUGAUUAAGAAUUGUUGCCAGUAUUCAGUAUCAGUCAGUGACUGCAACUAGGAAUGCCGAAAGAUUCUUUUUUGUGCACUCCCGCAAGUGGAUACUGGCCAGCCGGGCCUAAAGUAACUAUCAUGAGUAAUUAGAACCAGCUUCACAAUUUGCUACUGGCGUGGUUAAUGUUAACGCCUCGACUUUACAAUGAGGAAAAAAAUUGUCCACACGUAACAAUGUAUAUUCUAUGCGGGUUCAGCCCGCUAUCAUUAUGUUACCAGCAAAGCAUCUGACACCAGCAGAAUCAAUCUAAACGGGCCCUUAAUUAAAAUAAUUUGCCGUUUUUUAUAAAAAUUCUAAAAUUAUUCAGCAGUUCGCCUGUUACCAUUAAUUGACUCGUUACCAUUUUUAAUCAAUAAACCCAAAAAACCUGCAUCGCGGUAAAUUUGAGUGUAAAUAUAUAAAAUUAACUUAUAAUGCAUUUAUUACCAGAAUGUACGAAGAAAUGAGGAAUAUGUUAUAAGUAUUGUAAAAUGCAUAUUGAAUUUAAUAAAAUAAGUGUAAUUUUAGUAGAGGCUAUACAUAACUAUAACUAGGAGAACAGCACAGCACUUGAUAUAACAACUUAUUACUGAAGACUAAUCACUAUAAGUCUUUCUAAUUUAAAUAUUACCGAUAUUCCGUUCUUCGUGUUAUGAAUGUGAUUUUGUAUACUAAAUUUAAACAAAGUAUUCUUUAUAACUUUGUGAAUGUUUAAACGUUGGAAAUAUAAUACUACCUAUAAUAUAUUUAUUUCGAAUAUUUUUGUCAGUUACCUUUAAGUCAAAAUUAGUCAAGUACCUAUAAUAAUUGUAUAAAUAUUUGAUGUUUAGAUGUACAUUUACUCGGUAAGUUUAGAAGGGUAUAGUAAUAACGAUUGAAUUUCCUGAUAAAUGCUUAUUAAGGUGGAAACAAUAUACCUACGCGAAGUUUUAACGGCUAGAACACCAAAGAAAAAGAACAGCUCUAUAGCUAUGUCUUAUAAACUAUACCGUUAACGACUUUCCUGUGACUGAUAAAUUAUAGCGAGGUGCAUUUACCGAGUUACUUAGUGUAAGAUUGUUUACUUCGUUUUGUAUACCAAAUUGUCGCCGACGAAGUGUAAGCCGGUGAAACCGUUGAAACGCUUAACUCCUCUCGGAUGUAAUAUGUUUAAUGUUUUAGUCUGUGUUUGAAGGCAGUAACUACAAGUACAGCUUCAUGAUUUCUAUUCUAAUUUGUAAUUUAUGUAGGCCAGUUCGAUAUAAAUAUUUA